GUUAAGAUCCACUUAGCGCUGACGUCACUAAGCUGCUUACCGCAGCAGCAGGUGAAUGAAGGAAGAAACUGAGAAAGAUCUGUUUACAUUGAUGUUGGACUGAAAGAUAGUGCAGACAGCAUCAUGACGACAUGAGUCUGUAGGAAAUAGAUCUCAGAGAACCCGACAGAUUACAAAAACCAGCGGGAUUUAUUUCACAGUCUGAAGGUGAAGUCUGGAGUUUGAGAGUGAUCCAGGAGGCCGGGAUGGAGUGCAGCGGAAAGGUGACGCCCCAGCUGUUGAUGGCUGCAGGGACAGCUGUGAUUGGCUCACUACAGUUUGGCUACAACACAGGAGUCAUCAACGCUCCUCAGGAUAUCAUUGAGCACUUCUACAACGAGACAUGGCACCACAGGUUUUCAGAGCACAUCUCUCAGCCCACUCUCACAGCUCUGUGGUCACUCUCCGUGGCCAUCUUCUCUGUCGGAGGAAUGAUCGGCUCAUUCUCUGUGGGACUCUUCGUCAACCGCUUUGGCAGGAAGAACUCCAUGCUCAUGGCCAAUGUGCUCGCCUUUAUUGCCGCUGCGUUCAUGGGCUUCUCCAAACUGGCUGGUUCCUUUGAGAUGCUCAUCAUUGGACGUUUCAUCAUCGGCCUGUACUCUGGCCUGUCCACUGGAUUUGUGCCACUUUAUGUCGAGGAAAUCUCACCUACAUCGAUCCGUGGGGCGCUUGGCACUCUACAUCAACUUGGAGUUGUAGUUGGUAUUCUCCUUGCACAGAUCUUUGGUAUCGAGGCCAUCAUGGGGAACCACACCCUCUGGCCCCUCCUGUUGAGUUUCACUCUGCUGCCGGCCGUGCUGCAGUGCAUCCUGCUGCCCCUCUGCCCCGAGAGCCCCCGAUACCUCCUCAUCAACUGCAACGAGGAGACCAAAGCCCGCAGCAUUCUUGUGAAGCUGCGGGGCACCGACGAGGUGAGUGAGGACAUGCAUGAGAUGAAGGAGGAGAGCCAGCAGAUGAUGAGGGAGAAGAAGGUGACCAUCCUGGAGCUGUUCCGCUCUCCGGCGUACCGGCAGCCCAUCUUUGUGGCCAUCAUGCUGCAGCUCUCACAGCAGCUGUCUGGUAUCAACGCUGUGUUUUACUACUCCACUGGGAUCUUCCAUCGAGCAGGCGUGUCCCAGCCGGUGUAUGCAACCAUCGGUACAGGAGUGGUCAACGUUGCCUUCACCGUGGUGUCUCUGUUUGUGGUGGAGCGGAUGGGCCGGCGACCUCUUCACCUCAUCGGUCUGAUGGGAAUGGCGGUCUCAGCAGUUUUUCUAACCAUCGCUAUGGCGCUUUUGGACCAUUUUAGCUGGAUGUCCUACCUCAGCAUCGUGGCCAUCUUCAGCUUUGUAGCCUUCUUUGAGAUCGGCCCCGGCCCCAUCCCCUGGUUCAUCGUGGCCGAGCUCUUCAGUCAGGGACCCCGGCCUGCUGCCAUUGCAGUCGCUGGUUUUUGCAACUGGUCUGCAAACUUCAUAGUAGGAAUGGGCUUCCAGUAUGUCGAGCUACUUUGUGGCCCGUACGUCUUCAUCAUCUUCACGGUCCUGCUGCUCGGCUUCUUCGUCUUCACCUACUUCAAGGUGCCUGAGACGAAGGGCCGCACCUUCGACGGGAUCGCUGCAGGUUUCCGUCAGUCCAGUGGUCACGGUGCAGACAAAUACUCCGCUCCUGAAGAGUUCAACACUCUGCGAGGAGAGGACCCCGACCUUUGAGAGACGCCAUGCACGCACAUGGUCAUGUGCAGCAGAGCCAUAAUUCACACCAGGGAUAAACUUUUAGAGCAAUACUGUCAUUUAUCUCACGUCUGUAAGCCGGUGUUAGAGUUACAUAGGAGCUGUAGUCUCUUCACAGACUGUUCAAGAGAUGAACGACCUGACGGAGGAGGGCUGUGUUUGUAAAUAUUGGAGCAGUGUGCUGUCUAGGAAAUCUCAGCUACUGACAUGCCACUGCUGUGUUCUUGAAAAGAAAGGUCCAGUGUGCAACUGAAGAUCUGUUAACACAAUAUUCAUACAUUUUUAAUCAUGUUUUAUCACCUAAAAUAAGAUUUAUUGUUCAUGUGAGGCUUUUUGCAAAUUUUUAGGUGUAAAUAGUUUCUCCUGCAGAGCUGGGAGAGGAGGUUUGGAGGGUAAGGUUAUAAGUUGGCUGCAAUCUGCAUCCUAACCACUAGAGGCCCCUGUGCACUGCUUCUUUAGAGCAUGCAUUGAGGCAAAGAAAGCAGGGUGCGUUGAGACUGUGAAUAUUUUAUGUUAUAUGAUUUUAAGCUUCAACUAAAUCUGAAAUCAAACAUAUAAAAUGUUUGCAUUUAAAAAAUGGAAAUAAUGCUCAAAAUAAGUUGCACUUUGCAGGGUUAGAACAGUGUUUGUAUCCUUCAAAGCAAAAAGGGACAAAGUGCAAUGGACAGAAGCUUUGUGGUUAUAAAACAUAAUAUGUAUGAACCAUGCGAGUACAACAUUCAUGUGUUUUAAACAUCAGUGAUGGGCAGACAACAUCAGACUUUGAUACUGCUCAUAUUAAGGCAUACCACUCACUGAAAAGUCAUAGUCUAAGGAUGUACUUGUAUUCUAAAAUAAUCUCCAGCGGGCCGAGUAACUAUCGAAACAUUUUGCCAACUUUCCACAGAUAAGUUAAAGACUUGCACUAUAUUUGGUCUAAAACUUGACGUCUAACUUCUCAUAAUGAUGAGAUGACUACCUUAACUCUGAGUCAAACUUGUGAGGUAUAAAAAUGUUAGUUUAGACUCUAACUGAGGAGCUGUUUUAGUGUUGAGAUUGUUUUAUUAGUUUAAAGCUCCUGUGAGGAACUUUCAUUGUCUGUCAGCUCUGGCUCUCUCUUGUAGACAGAGCAGUAUUUAUAAUAAUAUUAAUGAUAGCACUUUUUUAAAUACUCAGGGGGAAACGUGGGGUUUCAUUCUGGAUUUAAAUGAUGGGAGGGCAACAAAUGCAAAAGCUCUGCACCUUGAUGUAUGAGGGGGCAGGGUUAUUGGGGAUUGUGCUCUGCACAUAUCCUGAUUUACCUACUACCGCUUCUCUCUUUUGUACUGCCCAGGUGCACAAUAGGGUUUUUACCAAAAAUCUCCUCUCAACAAUCAAACGUAUCCUUCCUCGUGAAUCUCUGCUGCAUAAAACGUAUUAAAAAAGUCUGUUUCUGCAGAGCGCUGUUAAUCUCUUCGACCUGCAGCAGCUGCUUCAUGCAUGAAAAGUAACCGUAUAAGAUUAGUCAGUCUUUUUUCUGGUAGUCCAGUUUGUUUAGAGGGUCCGUGUCAAUCAAUCAGUCAACGUAUAAAUCCUCACAAGAGCUUUAAAACAUGUAAAUAGUGAAUAAAAUCUGAUAGCACCAGUGUGGGGUGUGCUCCUUUAAAAUGUAUUAUAUAACAUAUUGCUGUUUUUUUAAGGAAUUUUACAAAAUAAACUUCCAUGUAUCGUAUUGUGUUAGUGAUGGCACAAUGUUUGUGUUAAUGUCAACAAAAUAACUACAGGAGUAAACAUAGGCAUUAAAAAAGGAAGAGUAAUGAUUGAACUCAUUCAAAGUAACUUAUUAAAACGUGUUUCUUUCUGACUGUAUGAACAGAUGGAUGUUUGUAAAGGAACAAUAUUUUAUACAAAAAUACUGAAAAGCAGAACUUUUGUGUUGUCAUAUCGAGGAAAAACUGAGGUGGAGGACCCAUGUGCUGAAACUAUUUUCUGAGCUGAUCAUUAAGAUUUCUCCUCCAAAGUAAGAUUUCCUCAUGAGCUGCUGAAAUCAGUAAAUUACUGUCUAAACAUUGUGGAUCAAAAGUGUGUGAACAGUUAUUUGUUUUUUACAGAUCAAAUGAACCAUGGGUGGAUUUGUAUGUCAUGACAUUGUUGUGUCUCACAGUUAAACUGUACAGUGUUUGGUUUUAGUAAAUAAAAUACAUAUUUAACAAUGGUU